CCAGAUUUCGUCCGGAAACUGCUGCCUCUGCAGCACCGUAAACCCCCGAACCAUGUAUGGAAUGCUUCUGGAGAGCGUACAGCACUUCGUACAGCUCGAAUAUGGAGAAUUCGUGUGGCGUCAAGCAUUGCUUACCACCGGAUGUAAGAACACAGUUUUUAACACUCAUCAGCUAUAUCCUGACAGCCUGAUUCCCGAUCUGGCCGCGGCUCUCUCGGCAAUCACUGGUAAACCGAUCGAUGAAUUUAUGAUAUUCUUCGGACGCUGCUUCGUGCGCUUCUUCAGCAACUUUGGCUAUGACGAGUUGAUCAAGGCCACCGGGCGGUACUUUUGCGACUUUCUGCACUCGAUGGACAACAUCCAUUUGCAGAUGCGUUUCACGUACCGCAAAAUGAAAAGUCCCUCGAUGCAGUUGACGGAGGUGGACGAGAAUGGGGCCAUACUGGUGUACAGGAGCACCCGAAGUGGAUUCUCGAAGUAUCUCCGUGGCCAGCUGCUGGAGAUCGCCAAGCAGCUGUACGGGAUGGACAUCAGCGUCAAGGUGCUGGAAAGCCAGAACGAUAACCCGGGUGGUACUUCCGGCCCGAUCUCCAUACAGGGUGGCCUCAAGACGGUGAUUGUGAAGUAUCGUCUAGAUUUUGACAAUCGUGAUUAUAUGGAAAGACGUGUCCACAUCAAGGCUCACCCAUCGCAGCUUCAGCUGCCAACCGUCGACAGUAUGGUGCUGUUGAAUCUGUUCCCGUUCGCGCUGAUCCUGAACGAGGAGAUGAAAAUUACGGCCGUCGGCGAAAAGCUCAUCGAAUCGUGGAUGCUCAACAACGCCAACCGCUCACCAAUCGAGCUGAUCGGCGCAAAGGUGACGGAGCACUUCAAGCUUCGUCGUCCGAGUGGGAUCACUUUUACCUGGGAGAAUAUAAAAAAUCUACAAACGGUGCUAUUCGAGAUUCAGCUACUGAAGGGAUCCUCUGCCAAGGGAUCGAAGGAACCUCCGAAAGCGAUCGAGCUCCAGUCGCAGGAAUCAUCGUCGCAGGUGGCAGGCAAGAAUCCGGUCGACGAUGCGUCAAAGCAGCUGACGUCCAUGCCGCGGCGAGGAUCGCAAGGGCUGCGAAGCAUUCUGCUGAAAGGUGAAAUGCGCUACAUUAAGGACAUCAAUUCGCUCGUGUUCCUGUGCAGCCCUCUUAUCCAGAACCUGGAGGAGCUCCGUGAGAUGGGCCUGUACCUGAACGAUCUCAACCCGCACGGACUGAGCCGUGAAAUGGUGUUCCAGGGCUUUCAGCACUACUCGCGGCUGGAUUUGAUGUGUGAACGGGCGGAGCAGCGCACGGAGGAGCUGGAGACGUCGCUCGUGCUGGCCGACUCCUGGAAGCGCCAAGGGGACGAGCUACUGUACUCGAUGAUUCCUCGCUCCAUAGCGGAGCGGUUGCGUGAGGGCCAAAAUCCGCACGACACUUGCCAGACCUUCGAGGAGGUGACGGUGCUGUUCGCCGAGGUCCAGGAAACGAUCACAGGCGACGAUUCGAUCAAGUAUGCCAUGACGACGGUCAACACGCUGAAUGCGGCUUUCAGCGCGUUCGAUGAGCUGAUUCAAUCGCCGAUGGCGUACAAGGUGGAAACGGUUGGCAAGGUCUACAUGGCGGUCAGUGGAGCACCGGAUAUUAAUCCGUUUCACGCGCAGCACAUGGCCGACCUGGCGCUGGAAAUGCUGAAAAGUAUUCGCGAGCUCAAUCUGCCCGGUGUUGGCGUGAAGAUUGGGUUCCACUCGGGCUCGAUUGUGGCCGGAAUCGUGGGACUGAAGGUGCCACGGUAUUGCCUGUUUGGUGACACUGUCAACACUGCGUCACGCAUGGAGAGCAGCGGAGAGACGGAUCGUAUCCAGGUGUCGGGAUAUACGGCGGAGAAGUUGAAAAAGCUUAACUACGCCCUAACGUAUCGCGGUAAGGUUGCGGUCAAGGGCAAGGGAGAAAUGGAAACAUUCUGGCUCGAAGGAACACCGGAGAGCAAGCAGUAGAAGGGCACUACACACCGUGGACCACACCGUGCCUUGCGCAGAUCGCUGUCGGCAGUAACUUAAUGGCUGUUCCUAUGAUGCACGCACCUCACGAGCGUCACUUUAUUGCAGCACUUCGUCCAAUCGCACUAUGUUUACAGUACAUC